UCCUGACAUUUUUGUGCAGGUAUCUCAUGUAUGUCAGGGCCGGAUCUAACCUGUCCGAUGGGGGCAGAUGAUGGGAGAUCAGCAGGGCAGAGGACAGGGGUCACUACUAGCAGGGCAGAGGAGGUCACUGCUAGCAGGGCAGAGGACAGGGCUCCCUGCUGGCAGGACAGAGGACAGGGGUCACUGUUGGCAGGGGCAGAGGACAUGGGUCACUGCUGGCAGGGCAGAGGACAGAGGUCACUGUUGGCAGGGCAGAGGACAGGGGUCACUGCUGGCAGGGCAGAGGACAGGGGUCACUGUUGGCAGGGCAGAGGACAGAGGACAGGGGUCACUGCUGGCAGGGCAGAGGACAGGGGUCACUGUUGGCAGGGCAGAGGAAAGGAGUCACUGUUGGCAGGGCAGAGGACAGGAGUCACUGUUGGCAGGGCAGAGGACGAGGCACAG